GAAAGAGUUUUAUGAUUUAUUGGAAUCUGCGGGCAAUAAACUGGUCGUCGUGGAUUUCACUGCAGCAUGGUGUGGACCGUGCAGAAGGAUUGCUCCCUUAUUUGAGGAACUUUGCAAAACACAUGCUGAUGUAUGCUUUUGUAAAGUAGACGUGGAUGACGUAUCAGAGUUAUCAGAAUCAUGUGGCGUCAAAGCCAUGCCUACUUUUCAGUUUUACAAAAACAAAGAAAAGGUUGCGGAAUUUUGUGGUGCAGAUGAGGCCAAGCUUAAGGAAACCAUUGCCAAGCUGAAAUGA